CGCCUCCACAUCUGCGUCCGUGCUCCCGGUCACAGCUCCGCCGCCCUCCGCAGCCUCUCCUCCGGCCUUUUUCCACUUCACUCCUCGGUCCACGGCGCGGCCUCCACCCCAUCGUGCACAUACAGAGCAGAGCCAAUCGAGAGCAUGGAGACCCACAGUGCGGUUCUACAGAAGCUGAGGAACACUUUCCGUUCUGGGGUGACUGUUCCAGAGAAGUUCAGACGCUCUCAGCUCACCCAGCUCCUCACUCUGAUCCAGGAGAACGAGGAGAAGAUCCUGGGGGCGCUGCACAAAGAUCUGUCGAAGCCUAAAUUUGAAGCCAUCCUAUCAGAGCUGGAAAUUGUGCUCAAUGAGCUGCACUUUGCCCUUUCCAACCUGAGAAACUGGAUGCAGGAUGAGCAUGUUAGCAAAAUACUGGCCACAAAGGUAGACGAGUGCUUUGUGCGCAGGGAGCCUUUAGGGGUGGUCCUUAUCAUUGGCCCCUGGAACUACCCCAUGCACCUGCUGCUCCUGCCACUGGUGGGGGCUAUAGCUGCUGGCAACUGUGUGGUCAUCAAGCCAUCAGAAGUGACUUCUGCAAUGGAGGCUGUGAUUGCUGAACUCAUUCCUAAAUAUCUGUCACCGGACUGUUUCACCGUGGUGUGUGGAGGGGCAGAGGAAACCAAAGCACUGCUGAAAAAUAAAUUUGACCACAUCUUCUACACAGGCUCUCAAUCGGUGGCCCGCAGUAUCCUCCAGGCAGCCGCCCCUCUCCUGACCCCCGUCACCCUGGAACUGGGAGGGAAGUGCCCCUGCUUUAUCCAUGAGCGGGUCGACAUCAUUGCGGCCGCACACAGACUGGCCUGGACCAAGUACUUCAACUUGGGACAGAGUUGCGUCGCUCCUGACUAUGUCCUGUGCACAAAGGAGACAAGGGACCUUCUUGUGCCCGCUCUCAAACAGGUCCUCCUCGAGUUCUACGGUGAAAAGCCCCAGGAGUGCCCCGACCUGGCCCGCAUAGUCUCCCCCAAACACUGGACCAGGAUCAUGGGACUGCUGGGGAAGAGCAAAGGCAAGGUGGUGCUUGGAGGGGAGAGCGACGAAGACAGCAAAUACAUAGCCCCCACAGUGCUGGUGGAUGUGCCUGAGGAUGACUCUCUGAUGCAGGAGGAAAUCUUUGGACCCCUGCUGCCCCUCCUCACCGUGAGUUCUGUGGACGAGGCCAUAGACUUUAUGAACAAUCGGGAGAAGCCCCUGGCCCUCUAUGUCUUCUCUGAUGAUUCCAGUGUAGUCAACACAGUCCUGAAGAAGACCAGCAGUGGAGGAUUCUGCUCCAAUGAUGGCAUUAUCCACAUGGCUCUCCCUGGCCUGCCCUUCGGAGGAGUGGGUGCCAGCGGCUUUGGGAACUACCACGGGCGCUGGGGUUUCGAGACGUUUAGCCACAAAAGGGCGGUGUUGCUGCGCGGCUGGGCCCUGGAGCGUUUGAACGGCCUCAGGUAUCCCCCGUACACCGACAACAAACUGAGCUGGCUACGUUGGACCACAUCCCCAAAGUCAUGCUCCAUCUUGUGA